AUGGCAAUGUUUAUCAUAGGUUACUUUCUCAAACAACAUGGAUUUCAUUUCUCGCUUCAUUUCAAAAGUUUUUUUCCCCUUUUUCUUUCUACUCUCAAUUUUUUUUUCUUUGACUUUCUUGACACCAAUUCACUUCUCUCCUCGCUUUCUUUUCCAAUACCCUCCUUCUUCUUUCACACUUAUUCAUUCUCUUCUUCUUCUUCUUCUUCAUCAUCAUCUUCUUCUUCAUCUUCUUCUUCGACUACUACUACUACUACUACUACUCUCAUCACUCAUACCGCAAUAGUUAUUUUUCAGUCUACCUUGUUCCCACAAUUCCCUAUCCAUUUUUUUUGUUUCCGCUUUCCUUUCUCUGUUAUCUUUUUAUCCCCCCUACUCUUCUCUAGUUCUUUCCUAUUUCUCCCCCUCUCUCUCUUUCUCUCUCUCUCUCUCUCUCCUACUGCCGUGCUAAACCCAUCCAUUUUUUCUUUCUUUCUUAAAUCUCUGCGUCUUUUUUCUUUAUCCUUUCAUUUUCCCGCCGUCACUCACCGGAAACGUACUGACCGCUCCGGGGCUUAUAUUUUCUUUCUUUCUUCUUCUUCUUCUUCUUCUUCUUCUUCUUCUUCUUCUUCUUUCAUAUUCACCUUUUUCAUUGUUUUCUUUACCCUAUCUUUUUUCAUCAUUAACACUGGCUCUUCUUCUUCCUCAAUUCAUCAUCAUCAUCAUCAUCAAUCAUCAUCUCUUCAUCUUCUCCUUCAUUAUCAUUGUCUUUUUUUCCUUUCUUCUUCUUCUUCUUCUUCUUCUUCUUCUUCUUCUUUCAUAUUCACCUUUUCAUUGUUUUUCUUUACCCUAUCUUUUUCAUCAUUAACACUGGCUCUUCUUAUUCAUCUUCUCCUUCAUUAUCAUUGUCUCUUUUUCCUUUUCUUUUCUUCUUCUUCUUCUUCUUCUUCUUCUUCUUCUUCUUUCAUAUUCACCUUUUUCAUUGUUUUCUUUUGCCUAUCUUUUUCAUCAUUAACAUUGGCUCUUCUUCUUCGCCUAAUUCAUCAUCAUCAUCAUCAUCAUCAUCAUCUCUUCAUCUUCUCCUUCAUUAUCAUUUCUCUUUUUCCUUUCUUCUUCUUCUUCUUCUUCUUCUUCUUCUUCUUCUUCUUUUCAUAUUCACCUUUUUCAUUGUUUUCUUUACCCUAUCUUUUCAUCAUUAACACUGGCUCUUCUUCUUCGCCUAAUUCAUCAUCAUCAUCAUCAUCAUCAUCUCUUCAUCUUCUCCUUCAUUAUCAUUGUCUCUUUUCUUUCUUCUUCUUCUUCUUCUUCUUCUUCUUCUUUCAUAUUCACCUUUUCAUUGUUUUCUUUACCUAUAUUUUUCAUCAUUAA